UAUCACAAGCAGUGACACUUUCAAAACCAAAUUCGUAAUUUCAAUAGCCAGUUAUUAUCAGACAAUUCGUAUUCAAAAUAGCCCCCAUUAAACUAUGUAGCAGACUGGAAAAGAAUGGAACACUUCAAAAAGAGACUGAUUCACCAACACCAAAAGCCAUAUCCAAGUAAACUGUCUCGUACGGCAGAACUAGACGAUGGAGAUGAGGAUGCCUCCUCGAACUCUUCGACAAGUUCUUGUUCCAACAGCAUGAUUAGGCCAGAAAACAAAAAAGAGGGCAACCCUCAAUUGAAAGUAGCCAGAAAGAGAGCGGUCUGCAGAAGCAAGUUUCGGCACAAUAGUCUGAAGAUUUUUAAACUCGGAACAAGUAUACCCACUUCAUUGUGCAAAUCAAAAGAACCUUACAACGUCAGUGCAGAAAAAAAUCUACAACUUUGUUGUGAAGAUGCCAAGGAUAAAAGAAAAAAUAGAAAAGAUGAGAAACUAAUUCAAAAACAAACUAUAACUGAACAAAUAAUCAACUCGAUAGAAGGCAAUAAUAAGAAAGAACAUUUUCAAAGAUCAAUAUCUGCAAAUUUUGAGAGUUCAACAAAAUGUCCAGGAAAGCAUAAUUUACCAGCUAUUAUUGCAGAAAUACCUGUUAAGAGAAGAAAUUCAUUAUCCAAAAGUUCUGAAGAUGAACAAAAAAUUAGCGACAGUUGUAGAAAAUCAUGUGUUGACUCAGAAUAUACAAAAUUUGAUAACCUCAGAGUCCAGUCAAUAUAUCAACGAAGAAACACUGUAAUUGGUACUGAAGCGCCUAGAGAUUACUUAAAUGAUCCAAAUUCUAUCAAAUAUAGUAAAUUAAAAGAAGACGUAGAAAAACAAACUAUAGCAGUUAGCAAUAAUGAAAUUUCCUAUAAAUUGUUAGAAAAACUUGAAAGGAUAUCUCCAGAUUCGACUUUUACUGAAAAGGAAAUGAAGUCAACACAAUAUCCGUCAUUAAAACAAUUUUAUAAUAAUAUAAGUCCUACUUUCACACCUAGUUCAAGUGAAGUUCUCGAAAGCAUGCAUAUGCCUCUACCAGUUAAUAUCGUACUACCUCAUAAUACGUCAAUAACUCCGAUAGUACCAGCUACUAACGAACGAUAUCAACAUAGUUCUCAAAUUAAGAGUCCAACUAAGCGAACUAGCAGCAAUUUUUACAAUUCAUCCAAUAAUAAUAAUCUUCAAAAUGAAUAUUUACAAUCUACUUCGAUAUUACCAGUUCGAAUGGAAACAACAGAAAAUAAUAAUUCUUCAUUGCCUAAUUUAGAUAACCCCAUUAACCUAUCAGUUAAAAGAAAUAAUGAGUCAAGCAUAAGACCUCCUCUUCAAUUACCUUAUCUCAAUGAAUUCAAGUCAAAUAAUGCAACUCUUCCUUUUCCAUAUUCUGAAGGAAUAUUUAAAAAUGGCGGUCAUUUUCCUGAGAUACAACAACAGAUUUCUAGAUUAGAAAAUAUGCCUUCAAUUAAGCCGUUCGAAGAAAGCUUUGCUAGAGCAAUUGUCCAAAGGGUAAAAUCUGUUAUGUUUACUCCGUUCUCUGUAGACAAUUUACUAGUUCUAAACGACUUAUAUAAAAAACUAAUAAACCUUACCUGCUCAAAGAAGUUGUCAAAUGAAAUAUUAAGAAACUUAAAAGAUGUUAUGGAAGAUAUAAUAUUAUACACAAAUAAUAAUUUAUUUGAAAAUAAAUCCCAAAUUUUCAAAAAUUAUACUCGGCAAAUUAUGGAAUUUGAUUUAGAACAUCAUAGAGCGUUAUUAAACGAUGUUAUUCAUUUAUUACGAAAAAAUCGUUACGACCAUGUAUGGAUGGGACAUUUUCUAAUAGUUCUAUCAAGAAAUCGCCCAGAUAUGCCACAAAUAUCACCUAACAAGGGGCCAAAUUCGAAUCUUUAUCCGUCCUUGAUGCCACAAUAUUUUCCUUUAGAUGACAAAGAAUUACGCCAAAAGGUAUAUAAAUCCAGACGGGUGCAAGUUAAAAAACGUACACAUCAUCCUAAGUUACCGCCGCAUUUAGACCCCUUGUACAAUUCGAAUAACAUUAGAAACGAAAGUUAUCCAAGUGAUAGUCGAUAUAUUCCACCAAAACCGGAAUCGUUUGAAGUUAAAAAUAAAAACAAUUUAGUAGAAUGUAAAAAUAAACCCCAGAAAGACCACGAAGUUUUAAUAAAAACACCAAAAGUAGAUAAGGAAAACGAUUUUAUAGGAAAUGCAGAUAAGACGUUUGUUAACGAUACUGUAAUAGUUAAAGACGAAUCAAUGGAAGUGACCAGAGAAAAUACAGAAAUAAGAAUAAAAAAGGAAAAUGAAAUAGAUAAAGAUGACGUGGUUGUGAAAAGAGUAUCCAAAACCGAGAUAGUGUGCAUUAAGAAAGAAAGUGCUGAUGAGAAAAAUGAAACUAAAGAGGUUUCCACGGAUGACUUACAUCUUUUUAAGGAGCUCCUGAAACAAGAAGACAAGAACAUUUAUAAUAGAAUCGUAAAUAAAAUUCUCUAUGUGAAAGAAACUGCGAAAGACGUUAUUACGAUUGACGAUGAAGAAGACAUGUCUACGCAAAGCAAUAGAUUACGAGAAAUAUUAACAAACCCCCAAUCUACCGUUGGUCAUACGCCUCCAAAGAAAGUUAACACUUCCUCCUUGAAAUCUCCAGAUGUCGUUAUUAUCGACGACGAUACUGAAGAUAAUGGUUUUAAAGAACAAAAGCCAGAUUUAAAUAAAAAUUACCUAAGUGUAAGUAAAUUCAUGUUCCCAAAUAAGACUGAAUUACAUGAAAAUGUGAAGAAAGCAUUGAAAAGAAAAGGUACAUCUAAACAGCUAACAAAAAAUAAUGUAAUAGAAAAAAACCCGAAGCCAAUAGAAAGUAUCCGAGAUACAAAACCCGAUAAGAAAUUUGAGUCUGUUCACCCACCAGAAGAUACAAAGAGAAAAAAGUUAAAACUAGACAUUAAAAAACCACGCCCGUAUAAAAUGCCUAUUGUAUCAACUCCAGAACAUAGAAUGCACCCUAACUAUCAAAUAUUCGAAUCUUCAAAAGUUUUCACCCCGCCAAACAACACCGGAAGGCCAUAUUUAUCUCAACCAUUACUCAAUUGUAGGACACCAGAAGAUGUAACUCCAAUGAUUUCACAUUCUCCCAGCGAUAUAAAUUCUUCAGUAGUUCCUUAUUCUAAUCUAGGUCCACUUUCAACCCAGGCAAGUAUCAAUUCAAACUGGAAAUCCUGGAUAUCUGAAGAACGAAAAAAGGGUUUUCUAGAUGCCAGACCUCCCACUCAUAGAAGACAGUCAGUUGAAACUAUAAGUAGUGUCGGCAGUGACUAUUCCCCGAAUUUAGACCAUGAUGAAAACUAUGUAAAAAUAAGAGUAGACGCUAAGUGGUAUAGAAUUAAAAAAAGUGUAAUGGAGAGUAUUCCUAGAGGAAAACUUUGCUAUGUUCGUGAAAAUAAUUGCCUUAUAAGGUAUUACGAUGACAAUCAACUAGCACAGUUUAUCCAAAAUAUGAAUAUCAAUUUAGUAGGUCCUGCUGCUUUUGAUUUUUUAAAGCAAAUCAGAGAAAGAGUUGAUGGUUAUUUGAGCGAAGAUAUUUUCAUAACACCUUACGAGGUUACGGAAAAGAAUCAAGCAAUCCAACUAUCAGAAAAUAUUAGUUUUACUAAAGAUGAUUACAUAUCGAUACCCGAGUUAUACGUAGAAGAAAUGGAAAAAGUAGAAAGGUUUGUUCCAAAAGAUUUCCUAGGUUUUUAUAAAUAUGUCACAGGGUAUCAAAUUGUUAAUAAUCACCAUCCCAUAUCGUUUCAGACGUUUCUAACUAUGCACAAUACUAAUGGAAUUAAAAUGUUUUAUAAGCGUUAUUUGUUGUCUAUUUUAGAAAAUAAAUUUGAGUAAUAAUUAAGUAGUAUUUGACAAAUCAUAAGGCUGAAUCGUAUUAUCAGACAAUUAUAGUUAGUUAUACUCGAAUAAAUAAGAUAUAAACUAAAAAGCAUUUAAGGACGGCGUGUGCCCAUAUCUAGGGAACCGUUUAUCUGGACAAUUUCGGAUUUUUUUUUUAAAUCGUUAAAUUUCUUAAAAAUAUUUUUAACUUUGUAAAUUUCUUUACAAAAUAUAAUUUUAUUUUUAAUAAAAAAAAUCUGUAUUAUUUUAAACCUAGCUUUCAGAAAACUAAACAAUUAUACAUCUGUGGCAAACGGAUUCUCCAGCGUCACCUUCAUUUCCCACACACAAGUACAUUUUUAUCGAAAGCUAUGUUUAAAGUAACCUCUGCAUAUACAGGGUGUUAAAAAAAAGUGUCACAAAAUGAAAUGGUGAAUAGUAUGACCCAAAAUAUGCAGAAAAGUCUUAAUAAAUAUAUGACCGCAAAUUAACGGUUUCGGAGAUACGGACCAUUUUGUGUUUAUAACAAUUUUUUAUUAUUAUAAAACACAAUGAUAUUUAUAAACAAUCAAUAACAACAUAGAGUUAAAUGAGAUGUUCAAAGUGCUCUCCCUCCAUUUCAAUGCAUUGCCAUUUGCACGACCGUACAUAAAAUGCAUGUCAGCUAAUUCAAUAUUAGUGUAAACAUAACGAAAAUUUAUAAAAUUAUUCACCCACAACAAAAUAAUAACUGCAAAUAGUAUCUAUGAAAAAACAUCGGUAGACUCCGAUAAGAAAAGCAAGUUUUUGAGAAUGAAAAAAGAUAAUCAAAAAAUGAUACAAAACACUCCGUAUCUCUGAAACCAUUCAUUUGCGGACAUAUGUUUAUUAAGACUUUUCUGCAUAUUUUGGCCCAUACUACCCCCCGUUUUAUUUUGUGACACUUUUUUUUAACACCCUGUAUAGACUAGCUGGUAAUGACAUAUUUUGUGCAACGUUUUUAUAAUAUAUGCGUCUUUUUAAGUUAUGAUUAUUAUAGGAUUUUAACAUGUUCCAGCCAAUUAUCUAAAAGUGCUCGCAUGCAGCGGCGUACACUGGGGCAGAAUGCAU